AUGGCGGCAGGAGAUGGCGAUAGGGAGGAAGAUCUUUCGGUGGCUGGAGAUGUCGAUGGAAGCCACGCGAUUGAACGAGCCGAACACAAAAGGAUUAGGGCGUCUUUUUUAAUUUCAGAUGGGAUUGCAAAUCUGAAUCGGUAUUCAGUCUGUGUUUUGGAGCAAAAUGGUAUUUCGGUAAUUUGUCAGCUUGGGUUUUUUACGGAAAUUGGAGAAAUAAUGCCUCCUAAGUAUUUAUCUGGUAGUCAAAAACGUAAAAAGAGAAAAAAAAUUGAAGAAUCAACAAAGGCUAAUAGUGGUUCUCUAGAUAAGUUUUUCCAAAAAAAACUUAAAGUUCCUUCUCAAAAUCAAAAUAAUGAUGAUAUUCCUGAUAAUUUGGGUGUUGAUGUCGAAGGAGAUCAAAUUAAUGACGUUAAUGUUGAUAAUGUUAAUUUCGAUGGAGAUCCUGUUGAUGUUGAUGAUGGUAAUGACGAUGGUGAUAACAUUGAAGAUGAUGACAUGGUGAAACGUUUGGUAGAGAAAGGUCCUAAAAGGGAUAAUACUAUUGAUAAGGGUCCACCUGAUAGAUUUUCUAGACGGUUUUCUACAACUAUGUAUACUAGAACUCUGCCAAAUAAACAGACAUGUAACAGGGAAUGGCUAAAAAGGGAUCCCGAAAGAUUGAAAGUUAAUGAAACAAUUGAUAAAGUGGUGUAUGAUCAAUUUAAGAAAGAAAGGGAGCAUUGGAAACAAGUACUAUUGAGGAUUAUUGCACUACUGAAAUAUUUGGCUAAAUAUAAUUUAGCAUUUCGUGGAACAAAUGAAAAAUUAUAUCAAAAGAGUAAUGGAAACUUUCUUGGAGCGAUUGAGAUGUUUGAAGAGUUUGACCUGGUUAUGAAAGAGCAUGUGCGUCGUAUCAAAAAUGAUGAGAUCCAUGUACAUUAUCUUGGCCACAAAAUCCAAAAUGAGGUGAUACUUUUACUAGCUGAUGAAAGUAAACGAGAAAUCAUUAAAAAAGUAAAGGAAGCAAAAUAUUACUCCAUCAUACUUGAUUGUACCCCUGAUACAAGUCACCAAGAACAAAUGUCUUUGAUAGUGAGGUAUGUAAAUUUCUCCUCCAAUGAUGUUACUGUUGAAGAAUCCUUUUUAGGUUUUUUGAAUGUUAAUGAUACCACUGGUAAAGGGCUCUUUGAUAUUACACACAAUGAAUUAAAAUCUCUUGGUCUUGAUAUUGAUGAUAUGCGGGGGCAAGGGUAUGACAAUGGAUCAAACAUGAGAGGAAAACAUCAAGGAGUUCAAAAGAGAUUUUUGGACAUAAAUUCUAGAGCAUUUUAUACUCCAUGUGGUUGUCAUAGUCUUAAUCUUGCACUGUGUGACAUGGCUAACAGUUGUAGUAAAGCUAGAGAUUUUUUUGGAGUCAUACAACGAGUAUAUACAAUAUUUUCCAAUUCUACUAAGAGGUGGCAAAUUCUGAAAGAGAAUAUCAAAGGUUUGACUCCAAAGUCAUUGUCUGCCACUCGGUGGGAAGCUUUACUUGAAGUUGCGGAAAAAGACAACGAUGCUAAAAUCCAAAGUGAAGCUAAAUCGCUAGCAAAUAAUGAGCUUGGUGGAUUUGAGUUUUUGGUAUCCAUAGUCAUUUGGUAUCAAAUAUUGUACAUGGUGAACUUAGUUAGCAAAAAAUUACAAUCAAAAGAUAUGCUUCUCGAUGUUGCUAUUAACGAAGUGAAUAUGCUAAUUGAGUACUUCAAAGAUUUUAGAGAAACAGGGUUCUCCAAGGCAAUUGAUGAUGCGAAGGAACUUUCCGUUGAAAUGAAUAUUGAUCCGGUAUUCUCUCAAAAUUGGCCGGUUAGUAGAAAAAAACAAUUUGAUGAGAAUUCAAGUGAUCAAGAUGUUGUAUUUUCAGCCGAGGAGAAUUUUAAAGAAUUUGAUGACAAAGAUCUCAAGUCAUGUUGUCGCCGUCUUGAAGCCGCACUUAAGUCUGGUGAACAAUCAGAUAUCGAUUCUCAUGAACUUUAUAUGGAGUUAAAGCUGCUUGACAUGUUCUUACCGAGUGAAAUUACGAGCCCUAUUGAUGUUUUAAAGUAUAUGAAAAAAGUCGAUUGUUUUCCUAAUGCAACUAUUGCCUACAAAAUCUUGUUGACUAUUCCCGUAACGGUCGCGUCUGCAGAAAGAAGUUUUUCAAAGCUAAAGUUGUUGAAGUCCUACCUAAGGUCCACAAUGUCACAAGAAAGACUUAAUGGAUUGGCGAACAAUUUUGCUUUGAACAAUUUUGCUUCCAAGAAUGCUAGGAAAGUCUCGCAAUUCAUGUAG